UUCAUUCAUUUUCAGUACACAUAUUAAAUAAAUCAUCAUUUAAAACUGAUUUUCUACCACUUCCUACAAUUCAAACCCUUCCGCCACCGUUUGUCUGCCUUGUUUAAUGAAAUAAAUCAGGGUUGAAGGCUCCACGCAGGAUUUCACGUCAUUAAAUCAAUGUCUGAGGCGCAAACUACCAAACAAGUCAGCAGAUUCUGAGCGGAGUUUGAACUUUGUCAGACAGCAGAGCACAGCAAAUAGUAAACAGACAGAAAGUAGAAGUGUUUUCAUAGUAAUUUGGAGCAAACAGGAUGAGUGACUGGAAGACGCGUGCGAGCCCAGUGGGUUCUGAUAUAAAUAGAAUUGGAGUUCUGCUGCUUUUGGCCCCUCUGACCAACACGAGCAGUUUGGGACCAACAGGAUUUGUUCAUUACGCGUGAAUUAGGUGACAGAAACACGCAGUGACGCCAUGCACUGCGUUAUGUUGUUAUUAAAUUAGAAUAAAGUGGAACUGUUUUGGCUCCAGCAGCAGAGUUCAGCAGCGUGGCAGCGGAAUUGAGAGGAAAAAAGUUUUCCAGUCGCUAAUUGAGGAAGAAAACGUUUCAUUCAGCAAGCUUGUUCUUAAAGCGGGAUGUGUGCGCGCGCAGUUCGCGUGCGCACCGGGGUCUGGCGCCGCAGCUCAGCUGGCGCAGCGUGCCACAGAAAAAUCCCUGUUUCAUUCCUUUAGCUCUUACAGCCAGACUAGUCUAGACUGGUAUUAAUAAAUUAAUUAACACAUAAAUAAACUCCAUCAGGUUUAAUCUGAGCUGCAAUAUUCUCACAUUUCCUUUUCUCUUAUUGGCUCUUGAACAUGUGGAAAACUAAUAAUCCAGUCAGUAUUUUAUCCUGAAAAUCAUUAUUAGCUAGAACUUUUAAGACAUUUUUAAAAAUCAAUCCAAGAAAUAAAAAAAUGCACAAUUUUCCUAAUUGAACCUCCUGUUUGAGUGGAUUUUAAACAGAGAUGUUUUUGAUUUGAAGCUGUUUUCAUGUUUGUUAUUUCCCCUCCAUCAGCAGCAGAGACCGAGCUGCUGCUGCUGCAGCUCCCUGGCAGGUUUCAAGUGUUUUCCUAGUAAGGGUCCAUUAUCCCUGGUCAGACUGAGCGCCGUCCAUUGACAAACAGCAGACAGCAACAGCCCUGCUCCUUAUUCAUGAGAGCCUGGACAAUGUGAGACAGACAGAGGGACAGUUAGCAGGACAUCUGGUUGAGAAUACAGCUCACAGUCAAAACAGCCGCUCUCUCUGGAGCUAUUUGUCCGGACAAUUGUUUGUGUUUUUGCCAUCUGGUUUAAAAGUGAACAGAAAGGAUCCAGGUUUAGAGGCUCUGUGGGUUCCUGAGGUUUCCAAUGCCAGGGAUCGGUGUGUGAGGCGCUUUCCAGGCUACCAGCUGGUACUUUAGAAGCUUUUAACCAGAAAGACACACACAUCACAACCAGAAGAUGGUGAAAGUCUGCAUGUUCUGUGUUAUCCUGCUCUGUUUGGUGGACAGAGUCACAGCCAGAGCCAUUGAUCAGAUAAAAGCUAAAGAUCUCCGUUUGUCCAGGCCUCUUAUUGUGCCCGGUUACCCGGAAAACACCACGGGCAUGGUGGGUGGUCAGGCAUCAUUGGUGUGUAAGGUGCACAGGCCUGCCUCCACCAAGGUGCAGUGGCUGAAGAGGAACGACUCUAGUAACCCAGAGCGAAGCCAGGGAGGAUCGCCUCACAUCAGGGCCCUAACACCCCUUCAAAGUAAUGGGUCAAAGGUGAACACACUCCAUCUGUCCAAUAUCAGUGAGGAGGAUGCAGGCGAGUACAUCUGCAUGGCUGAGAGCACUCACGCUGGACAGACGGUUCAGGCCAUGCAGUCGGCGUGGCUACAAGUCCUUCCUGGUAUCGUCAUUUCUCAAACCGUAAAAAUGACAGCAGCUGAAAUCCCAUCAGAAGUUCUUGACGAUCUCGGCGAGGACACCACGGAGCACCUUCUGCUGGAGCCGGGAAACGUUCUGAAGCUGCGCUGCGACUUGAAGACGCGACCUGGCAUGGCAAUGAACUGGUACAGGGACGGGGUGCGGCUUCUGCCAACAACCCGUAUCCAGAUGCGAGGAGCCACCAUGGAGAUCACAGACGUGACCUACGAUGACUCAGGAGUUUACGUUUGUGUUCUUAGAGGCACCAAAAAUCCAGUGAGGAAUUUUACCAUCACUGUGGCGGACACUUUAGGGUCAGGAGACGAUGAUGAGGACGAUGGCUUAGAGGAUUCAUCCGCUGAGAUUGAAAAUGACCAAGUUUACAUCUCCAGAGGUCCCUACUGGACCCACACCCAGCGAAUGGAGAAGAAGUUGUACGCCGUGCCUGCAGGAAACACAGUGAAGUUCCGCUGCCCAGCCAUGGGCAGUCCAAUCCCAACCAUCCACUGGCUCAAAAACGGACGUGAAUUCAGAGGAGAGCACCGCAUCGGGGGCAUUAAGCUGAGGCACCAGCACUGGAGCCUGGUGAUGGAGAGUGUCGUGCCCUCAGACAGAGGAAACUACACCUGCGUGGUGGAGAACAAAUAUGGAUCUAUUGCUCACAGCUACGUUCUUGAUGUCUUGGAGCGCUCCCCCCACAGGCCCAUUCUGCAGGCUGGCUUACCUGCCAACACCACAGCAGUUGUAGGCAACGACGUCCAGUUCCACUGCAAGGUCUACAGCGACGCCCAGCCUCACAUUCAGUGGCUCAAGCACAUAGAGAGGAACGGCAGUCGCUACGGCCCCGAUGGGACUCCCUACGUUCAGGUCCUUAAGACCGGCAGCCUGAACAUGUCUGAGGUGGAGGUGCUCUACUUGUCCAAGGUUACCAUGGAGGAUGCAGGAGAGUACACCUGCCUGGCGGGUAAUUCAAUCGGGUUUGCCCACCAGUCGGCCUGGCUCACCGUCCUCUCAGAGGAAGAAGCAGCCGAAUCCAUGGAGACCAUGGAGACCAAGUACACUGACAUCAUCAUCUACGCCUGCGGAUUUGUGGCUUUGAUCAUGGCCAUCGUUAUCGUGGUGUUGUGUCGGAUGCAGGUCCAUCCUAGGACAGAGCCUUUUGAUGCCCUUCCUGUCCAGAAGCUGUCCAAGUUUCCUCUUCGUAGACAGUAUUCAGUGGAGUCCAACUCAUCAGGAAAGUCCAGCGCGUCUCUGAUGAGGGUGGCUCGCCUCUCGUCCGGCUGUUCGCCCAUGCUGGCCGGAGUUAUGGAGUUUGAGCUGCCUUAUGAUCCAGACUGGGAAUUCCCAAGAGACAAUUUAACGCUGGGAAAACCUCUAGGAGAAGGCUGCUUCGGUCAGGUGGUCCGAGCUGAAGCUUUUGGCAUCAACAAGGACGGCUCGGAGCAGUCCACCACAGUGGCCGUCAAGAUGCUCAAAGAUGAUGCCACAGACAAGGAUCUAGCAGAUUUGAUUUCGGAAAUGGAGCUGAUGAAAGUGAUGGACAAGCACAAGAACAUCAUCAAUCUACUGGGGGUUUGCACACAGGAUGGCCCUCUGUAUGUGCUGGUGGAGUAUGCCUCUAAAGGCAGUCUGAGGGAGUACCUGCGGGCCAGGCGACCUCCAGGCAUGGAUUACACCUUUGAUGUGACAAAGGUGCCUGAGGAGCAGCUCACCUUCAAAGAUCUGCUGUCUUGUGCAUACCAGGUGGCCCGAGGGAUGGAGUACCUGGCUUCUAAAAGGUGCAUCCACAGAGAUUUGGCAGCCAGGAACGUUCUGGUGACAGAAGACAACGUGAUGAAGAUCGCGGACUUCGGCCUGGCCAGAGGAGUACACCAGAUUGACUACUACAAGAAAACCACCAACGGACGGCUGCCGGUGAAAUGGAUGGCACCAGAAGCUUUGUUUGACAGAGUGUACACACACCAAAGUGACGUGUGGUCGUUUGGGGUCCUGAUGUGGGAGAUUUUCACCUUGGGAGGCUCGCCGUACCCCGGCAUCCCUGUGGAGGAGCUUUUUAAGCUGCUGAAGGAGGGACAUCGCAUGGAUAAACCCUCAAACUGCACACAUGAACUCUACAUGAUGAUGCGUGAAUGCUGGCAUGCAGUUCCCACCCAGAGACCAAUUUUCAAGCAGCUGGUGGAGGAGCUGGACAAAGCGCUGCUGUCCAUCUCUGAUGAGUAUUUGGACCUGUCAACGCCUUUCGAACAGUACUCCCCAUCGUGUGAGGACACGUCCAGCUCCUGCUCGUCUGACAACGACUCUGUUUUUACCCACGAUGCCUUGUCCACUGACCCCUGCCUUCUGGCCUACCAGGACGUACGCUCUCGGUUAGACACCAAAACGGCUCUCAGAUAGACUCCUGAACACGUGCACAAAACACUAAAGAGACAACUGCUACAGCUGCAUUUCUACAGUUUUUAAGCCCUUACAUAUGAGAAGACAUUUAUAGACAUGGAGACAGAUGAACACGUGCACGUGGAGCACUGAGGCCAGCAGGUUUUGUUGUAACGUGGAGGUUUGAGGGUGAAAGGAAGAGGAAAGUGGACUUUCAGCUGUGGCGCUGUGCAAGAAGUGGCAUAGAAAUCAGAAGACGCACUGCUUCUCCUAAACGCCUACGUCUUUUCUAAAGCAGCGGCGGACUACUUUCAUCAGCCACAAACCUAAAACCAAGGUGUAAAACCCUCAGACAUGAAGACAUUUUUACAAAAAGAUCUAUUUUGCUAUGAUAUGAAAUUGAUUGUUGAUAUAAAUAUCUAUAUAUAUUUUACUUUUCGUUGCUUAUUUAAAAAGAAAACAGUCUUAAAUCUCAGGAUCUCUCAUGCUAAGAAGUGGCUGUGGGGGCAGCAAAGGGCCUGAACCGACGAGUUCCUGUGAAGAUAUUAGAAAUUUAAAUAUUCUAUGUACAUAUCGAUGACACGAAGACCAGCUGCCUUUUAUAGAUUUUUCUGAAUGAUAAGAAAAUGAAGGUAUUGGAGGCGAGAGGAGAGGAGAAUUUAAUCUCAAAGUGCCAAACUUGUCGCAGUAAUCAAACAGUAUUUUCUUUUUUUUUUUAUAUCCCACAAGGUUGGAGCCACUCCAAAAUCACAAACUCACAGCAGAUGAUGGUAUUUUUUAUUGUUUUUUUGCACAAGCAACUUCUCUAAACAGUCUGCACAAAUAAAAGCCCCAUUUUGAGCCAUAAAACACAAAGUUUCCAUCAGUAAUCCGAGCUGGAAACGCAUUCACUUUUUAAAUUUGGGAAUUCUUGGAAUGAAACCCUUAAUUAUUAUUUUUUCACACUGCAGAGGACUGAAGCGCCACACUGAGCCUGGUUGUUGUUUUUGUUGGUGGAUGGAUUCAGUUUUCCUGGAUUUACUUUUUACGUAAAAAACUAAACAAAAAACAAGUUUUUUAAUGACUCCCAAAACUCCGAGGCAGACUCGUUUAACUUGUAAACAAACGCAUAAACUUCCAGACGACACGACGCGGGACUCCUUUUGUGGCGUUUGCUCUGCGAUGAAGGCUUUUCCAGGGUGGGACGGACAGUUCACGAGGACUCUGAGGGGAUGUGGCCCACUGUCACUGCUGAAGGAGGGUGUGUGUGUUGGGGGGUCAAAGCCUGUGUGAUUGAUUUCAAAUAGAGAAGGGGGGGGAGGGACCCUCUAUUGUCUGACUGUGACCCUUCACCCAGCUCAAUCUGGUGGCGAGGGGACCUCAGGUCCGCAGCCCGGCCGGACAAUGACAACCAGAGGGAGUUCUGGGGGGUUAGUUUGAGCUUGUGUGCAAAUGAAGAGGCUCUUAUUAUGCUAAUGUCUCCUCUUCUCUCCCCAAAGGUCCCCUAUCUUUAUCCCCAAAGCCUCCUUCUUUUAAAUUACAAAUCUUAAUUCAGAUGGGCCACUCCAACCCUAACCACCAGCGUCAGAUGGGGUCAGCCCUUCUUCUGAAGUUACUGCAGACAAAACUAUCAAACACGAAGUACAGCUGUGUGAGUUUGUGAGGCACCUCCAGCAGAGGGGCCGGUUCCGGGCUCCAAAACACAAACAGGAUGUUUUUGUGUCUUCCCGUAACGUUUCCGUCAGCAGCGUGACGGGUGAUUUUAUUCCAAAAUGUCUCCAAUCCACCGUGUUUGUUUCUCUUUCUGUUUUCAUCCAUUCUCUUUGGAACGUCUCGUCCAUUUUCACCGACAAAUCCAGUUUUCUUUCCUACAUUCCACUUCCAGCUGUAUUUUCUAACAAUCAUGUUCUUAAACAUGUCAAGAAGAAAAAUUAUUUUAGAAAAAUAUCUAAUUUAUUUGUUUAUUGUUUUGUUUUUAUAUUAAAUAAAGUAUAAUUUAAAAUAAA